AUGGCCCUAGAAGACUUUGAAAAGGAGCUAUCUGAACAGAGAGAAACAGAGAGACGUCGAGAGAGACGCAAGGAGCACGAAAAGUCAGAUCGACACCAUCGACACCACCACCAUCGCAGUUCUCGGCACCACGAUUCCCAUUACGAUGAAGAGGGCCAUCGCUCGAAGAGGUCCAGACACUCCAGAGACGAAGAUGCAUCAGAAAGCAAACAUGGACAUAGACAUCGGCGCCACAGCCGAGAAGAGGAAGAGAAAGAAGAUGAUGAAAAUACAGCAGACGAUCCAAGUUCGUCCCGGCCAAAUCUAGGCGAACUGAAACGUGAUUCUUGGAUGGAAGCCCCUUCAGCCUUGGACAUCGACUACGUACAGCGAAAGAAGCCCGAACCCUCGCCACCGAAAGGAGGCUCGUUGGGAGCCGAUUUCGAGAUGAAAGUGCAUGAAAAGGAACUCAAUCGACACCUGCGAGACUUGCAGAACGGGAAGAGUUUGGACGACUUGGAGGACGAACCAGCCACACACGAAGUCAACUAUACCUUCGGCGACGCCGGGUCGCAAUGGCGCAUGACAAAGCUCAAGGCUGUCUACCGCCAGGCCGAAGAGUCCGGCAGUAAAGUGGACGACGUCGCGCUCGAACGAUUUGGCAGCCUGCGCGAGUUUGACGACGCCCGAGAAGAAGAGAUCGAACUGGAGAGACGCAAAACGUACGGAGAAGGCUACGUGGGCAAGGAGAAGCCCAGCGGCGAGCUGUUCCAAGAGCGUAAACUGGAAGCGGGACUCCGACGACCUCACCCACGCGACACGGAGCCGAGCCCAGACGACGUCGUUGAACAAAUGCCCGUGCCGACAUCCAGCACCAGUGCUCCCAAUCCCAAAGUCGACCAAACGACACUCAACAAGCUCAAGGCACAACUCAUGCGAGCCCAGUUACGCAAGGAUCCCAAAGCAGCGGAUCUGGAGAGAGAAUACAACGAGGCGCUGGCCGCCUUCUCGACGCAAGAUCCUACCGUGAUAACCCUCUCGGCCAUGGACAACAGAAUGCUGUCCUCCGCACCACGGAACGAAGUGAAAGCCGUGCAGAACCGCCGGGGCGCCGAGCGCGGACAGGUGGAAGAGAACGAAGACAUGAGCAUCGACGACAUGGUGCGCGAAGAACGACGGACACGCGGCGAAGUGGGAGGCGAAAGCCAACGCAUGGCCGACCGGAUCGCCAAAGACGUCAAGUUCGACGACGACCUCGAGUACAUGGACGAGAACGCCGCGAAACUUGCCAAACGCGUGCACAAGUCCGACAUCAACCUGCGCAAUGUCGCCAUCAACGAAUACCAGAAACUCAAUCGCAUCCUGGAGAACUGUCCACUCUGCUUUCACGAAGAUACCGAGACUCCCCCGGUCGCGCCCGUCGUGUCGCUGGCCACGAGGACGUACCUGACCCUCCCGACCGAACCGGAGCUAUCUCCUCUCAGCGCCAUGAUCGUGCCGACCGAGCACCACACCAACCUGCUGGAGUGCGACGACGACGAGUGGGAAGAGAUACGCAACUUCAUGAAAUCUCUGACGCGGCUGUACCACGACCAGGGCCGCGACGUGCUCUUCUACGAGAACGCCGCGUUCCCCAACCGCAAGCCGCAUGCCGCGCUCAAUGUCGUGCCGUUGCCCUACAGUCUGGGAGAGACGGCUCCGGCCUUCUUCAAAGAAGCUUUCCUCAGUACGGAAGACGAAUGGAGCCAGCAUAAGAAAAUCAUCGAUACGCUGGCAAAAGCCAGGAAGGACGGUCUGGGCAAGCUCGCAUUCCGCCGCAGUCUGGUCAAGGAGAUGCCGUACUUUCAUGUCUGGUUCGAACUGGAUGGCGGCAUCGGCCAUGUUGUCGAGGACCCGGACCGGUGGCCUCGUGGGGAUUUGUUCGCCAGGGAGAUCAUCGGGGGCAUGCUGGGCCUGGAGCCCGAUGUCAUCAAGCGGCAAGGCAAGUGGCAUCGAGGCCACGACAAGAGGGUGGAAGGGUUCAGGAAAGUCUGGAAGAAGUUUGACUGGACGAGAGUCCUGACGGAAGGCAAUGCAUAG